AUGGAUGGGACGCGCGCCGGGCGGGAUGCCAUGAACAACUGCAGCGAGCAGCAGUACUGGGACAGCCUCGUGUGCCGGUGCAUCCCCUGCAGCCUGGUGUGCGGGCGUCCCGCGGGGCCCCGCUGCGCUGCCCUCUGCGUGUCCAUGGAUUGCAACAGGAGACCCGGCUUCUACUACGACGAGCUCCUGAAGGAGUGCAUGGACUGCAGGGCGCUGUGCGGGCAGCACCCCCCGCAGUGCGCCCCGACCUGCCGGGGUGAGGCUGCCGCCACACAACCCCCACCCCCAGCAGGUGCCCUGGAAGCCACCCCUCCAGUGGCUGUGGUGGAACAGAAGGCUUGCCCAGAGCUGGAGCCAUGGCUGGUGGUUUACCUGCUGCUGGGGCUCUGCCUCUGUGCCCUCAUCUGCUCCCUGCUCCUGGGCUGGACCCACCUGCGGAGGAAGGGAGAGGUGGUCUCCUGCCAAGCCAGCACUGGGACCUGCCACCACGGGGAGGACUUCUCCAAGGAUCGGCUGGUGGAAGUGGGCAGUGUUGCUGAUGGAUCAGCAGGCAGCAGAGUCCCUGAGCCAGUGGAAACCUGUGGCUUCUGCUUCCCUGGACAUGGUGCUGCUGUACGAGAGAUCAAAUCAUGCCACGGCACCUGCUGCCAUGCAGGGGAAAGAGCUGCUCCCCUUCACACCGGGAUAUGCAGCACGGGGAGCGCCGGGGCUGUUCCCAGCCCUGAGGAUGGCCACUUCAAAAUCAUAUGUUCUCCUUCACAAGAUAAGGCACUCAUGGCAUGA